GUCAAAUUUUUGACAAAAAGCAAUUUUUUCAAUUUUACAUAAAAUAUAUUCAACUUAAUGUCUGAAGACAGUAUAUCAUAUGGAGAAGACAAGGAGAAUCUUUUAUAUAUCUCUAAGAAGAUCAAUGUUGAUGAAUUUGGGUUGGGGGAGGAAGGACUUUUUCGUAAAUCGCUAUCCUCGAUUGUUUCUGAUGUAUCGGUAGAGCAUGCCAAAUCUGAGAUCGAACUAUUGGAACAAAUUAAAGGCCCAAAGACAUUAAGCAAUCCUGAAUUAUCCUCAGCUCUAAAACCGUUUACUUUGGCCUGGUCGUUUGGUCUUAAUUCCAAAGUGGGACUUAUAAAUUUGACCGACGACACAAGAAAGCAAUUAUUUUUCUCAUGUGUUCAUUGUUUGGUAUUCUUUGAUUACUGUACAAGAGAAAUGAUACAUGUAGCUGGACACCAAUCGUUGAUAAACUGUUUGUCAUCCGACAAUACCGGAUCAUAUUUGGUCAGCACUGAAGAAGGAUCAGACGGAUGUCUCAUAAUAUGGAAUAGUAAGGAUAUGGCUCCAAUAUAUACACGCUUCAAUCUGUAUACAGAUACUUGCGUUCUAUUGACUGCAAUCAGUCCAUGCGCUAGAUAUUUGGUAACUAUCGGAGCAAACGAUGAUACUUAUUAUACAGUUGAUUUUUGGUUGUGGACCUUAGGGAAAGAUAAUUCCAAUGAUGCAUACCUGAUUAAUAAGACACACGGAGCUCCAGUAAAGAUAUGUUUUAAUCAGGAUCAGCAAGAACACGUGAUGGUUGUGUUUGAAAAGCAGGUGUUCUUUUUCGUUUGGGAUACGUCAAGAAACAAAUACUCUAAUACUUAUUUACCCGAGAUGACCGGUGGAAAGAAACUGGGUAAUUUAACAGGUGGAACAUAUAUAGAACAAUGUCAUGAGUGUUACGUAACAACUACCAGGGGAUUCAUUCUGGUUUUUCGGACAACGCUUUACACGAAAAGUUUCGACGACGCCACCCAAUUGAAUAAUUCGAAAAUGUAUAUAAACGCCGUAAAAGUUACGCAGGCAUCAAUCGGCCUUAUAACGACAACAGAAGGGAAGCUAGUUAUAGGAGAUUCAAAAGGACACCUUUACUUCUUCGAUAAAAGACUUACGGUUUUGUAUUGGAUUAAGAACAUUCCUUUCGGUCCUAUUACUGACAUUAGUUUUCCGGUAAAACCACCAACGAUUAGGUUCGACGGAGAAAAAGUAAUAAUAAAAAAAAGAAAUUUAGUAGAUGAUGACGUAAUAUUCGAUUGCUUUUAUAAAGAUAUUCACGAAGAAAUCGAGAAUAUAACAAAAAUCAAUCCUCCAAUUGAUGCAAGUUUACGAAAUGAUCCGUUUAUUGUUAAUGAUUUUUUUAUUACUACUGCCGACUGUAACAUUUACGCAAUUGACUUCUUGAACAACAUAGGCAUUCCAUUGUUUCAUAUAGCAGAUUCAAAUAUAACGUCAAUCGACGCACACGAUGAAAUGCCUUACAUAGUGAUUGGAUACGAAAAUGGCAGAAUUACUUUGAUCAAUUACGAUACUAAGGAACAAAUAGCAACAGUUUUACUACCAAAGUGUGAAGAUACUACUGCAUCAGAUGUUGUGUCAUAUGUCAAAUACUCUUACAAAUCUUUGCAUUUGACUUGCGGAAAAGAAACUGGAGAAGUUUGGAUUUUAGAACCCAUUAUAUUGACCCCUAAAUGCCAACCCUUUAGGUGCACCAAGUUCAAAGUGGAAAAGAUAGCGUUCUCUCACAAUUCAUUGCAGUUUGCAUAUUAUGACUCCAAUAAAACAGUUUUACUUUUCAAUUAUAAUGUCGAGAAAGUGUGUUGGGAGUAUUAUGGAAAAACUCGUUCUCAUUAUGACAGUAUCAACGAUAUGAAUUUCUUCUAUAUAAAUGACAAAUCAACGCUAUAUACCAUAGGAGCCGAUCGAUAUCUGGUAGAAUAUAACAACGCAGAUCUGACAUGUCACGAUGAUCCGAAGCAACCAUUAGGAGCUAUAUACAGGGAGCGAAUAGAACAAUCGUCGAAACCUUUAAAUUUUACCUACCUCUUAAAAUCCUUCGGUCCGAAACAAUCCGUAGGAUAUAUCUUAAUCGCCAAUGAUAAACACAAGCUGAAGUUAAUUCAUGAAAUUACCAAAGUUCCGAGAAGUGUAUUUUUAGGACCAUCGUUUGGAUGUUUUCAAGACGCAUGCAUCCGAAAAAUGGCGAUUUUACCGUUCUGUCAAUACAGAUACAUGGUCUUCAUGUCAAAAAAACAUAUUGGAAUACAUAUCCUUCCUCCUGAUGGUAGUCCAUAUAAGUAUAACGGAUAUUUAGCACAUCCUGUAGAGGUUCGUGAUUUUGUUUUAUCACAUGAUGGACAGUAUGCUUUUACAUUUGGAAUGGACGAUAGAUGUGUUUUGCAAUGGCAAGUCAACCCAAAAUCGAUUGAAAUGCUACAUCUACUAGGUGGAACCGAAUUAGAACCAUAUUAUUGUCUCUUGGAAGGAGGAAAAAGUGGAUGGUUAUUUCAGGAAAUGCAGGAUUUAUUUUUCUAUAUGCAAAUUUUACAGCAUGAAAAUAUAGACUUACCCAGACGAGUAUCAGAUUGUAUAAAUUUGAAUGAGAUUCCUGAUUUAGUAAAGACCUGUGGCUUCUAUCCAUCUGAAUUUGAACACGAGACGAUGAUGAUUGACAUAACAUACAGAGAUUUUGACGAAACUGGAGUCGUUAGGACUGAAAUAAGCUUUGUAGAAUUUGUGAAGUUAUUUAUCAACCACAGGCCUGCUUAUGGUUAUUCGCUUAAUGACAUCAAAGACGUAUUUAAAACCAUGUGUAAAAUGGCUGAUUACCCGUUACGAAACAAAAUUGAAGCUGGCGAUUUCUUAUACUUAUUAGAAAAUAUAGGUGAACCCAUCCCUCAUUUACACAAAUAUCUUACUACGUUAUUAAGAGCAACCACCGCUUCUACCACUGACUUCAAUUUCUUACCCCAGAAAAUUAAUGCAGACUUCUUUGUCAGUGAAGUCUUGGGUAUUGACUGUGAUCAACACCAGAAAGAAACAACUGAAAGUGAAUAUGAGGAGGAUUUCAAAGAUGGAUAUUAGCAUAUUAAAAUUAUAUCAAUAAAGUUUAUUAAUAAAAAUCAUU